AGCUCCCUCAUCUCCAACCGGCUCAUGCAGAUUAAAGGAUUUUCCUUCGUUAUUCUCUCACCCUUUUCUCCUUUUGGCUUCCUCUUCCUUUAAAAAAAGAAAAACCUCACACAGCGAGUCAUUGGGCUUUGCAGGCUCAGGAUGAAACUUUGUCAGCUGUGUUGGUGCAGCAGGAAGCAGCGAUGCAGACAGACAUUCACCUGAAGCGCGACUUAGUUCAGCUCUUUAAUGCCUAUAAGUGAUGACACGUUUUGUUGGCGAAGCUGAGCUGGUGGCAGGAAGUGACAGUACCUUUGUGUCCUUCUAUGUAAAAACCCGGCAUCCUUACAAAACAUGUAAGUCUCUGUACGUCUACUUUUUAGUCAUUACUGAUUUCUGUGAAUGGUGCCGCCUAUCAAGCGUUUGGGUUUUUUUCUAAAAUUCUGGUGCCCACCAAAGAGGUGUUGAUGAAAAUCACCAGGACUGCGAUUAAACAUGAUUUUGACCAGUAAUUUUUCAUUUAUGCAGGCUUAACAUUCCAAAUAAGCAACUGUUAACUAAAGUAAGAGAGAUACACCCCGUCCAGUACAGUUUAACGUCCAGGUGUCUCUGAGAAUGGGAUUCGGGCAAAUCUAAACACGUCAGCUCAGACAAGAUGGAGGAUGAGGGUUGAACUGUUCGAACGUCAGCCAGACAGCGUCUGAGAGGAUCCAUCCGUCCAUCUGCGGCAGCGUGAUUUGGGUCAAUUGGGUCAAGUACCGAUGAGCCGUGUGUAGACUGCUGACCGGUGUCGUGCCAAAAAGUGAUUAGCGUUAUUUAAAUUUGUUUGAACUGUCAUAAAUAACUUGUUGGUCUAUAUUAUAUGAAACAUGUCAAAUGGAUUCCUCAUGAAUGAUAUCCAGUCAUCUUGAACCACAUUCCUGUCACAAGGUAGAAGCUGCAAUCAGUUUUUGGCAGUGACUUUUAUGCAUCCUUUAUCAUAUAUCCAGUUAAAAAAUCUCAUUGACAUUAAAAAUGCUCUAAAAGGCUCAAACAGAACAAACACGGCCCAGAGGUCCAGCUCAGGUGAAGCCUAGCAGACAGCUCGCAGGUACAGCCACCUGUGUCCACAUCCACCUGUCAGUCAAAGAGGCCACGCCUCUAAUAAUCCUAAUUUAAGCCUUAGUACAAUUUAAACAGGUAAUUUAUAAAAACAGGCUGUUAAACGUGUUUGUUUCUGCUCUAAUGUAUUACAUGGGAGUCUAUGGGGACUGACUCACUGCUGAUCUGCUGGACGUCACAGGGACUGCAGUUCGUUGUAGCUUCUGUUUCCUUCCAACCUCAAACUAAUGAACCCCACGCUCAUCUGGCUGGAUGGGAAGCGGCACGCCAGCUCUCUGCUUUGAUCCUGAAAACACCCCAUCACCUCCUCCUUCCUUCUCCCCCUCCCCCGGCCCGUCCAGCACCUCUGCGGGGUCAUGCAGAUUAACCUGUCGUUUCCUGCAGACAGUUUUGGUUGGGAGUGAAAUGGAGGGUGAAGCAGUUUCCGGCUGGGAGUGUGGGGCAGUGGGGGAAGAAGCUGGGCUGGCCAGCUGCAUGCUGGGAGUGUUUUUUUGUUUUUGUCUGAAGGAUUUAGAGGACUUUUCAUGUGGCAGAGGGGCAGUUGCAGGGAUUCAGAGGGAACAGUGGAGGAGGGUUGGAGCUGCUCUGGAGUAUCUGCUCCCAAAGACGAGGAGUUGAGGACGAUGUGAGCGGGAACCUCUGAAACCUCGGACAGAUUUAUUCUCCCUCAGCGUUGCUUCACCUGAACUACUGAAACCGGUGACCCCGCCCACAGCAUGGCUGCCGUCCUCGUGUCCCUGCUGCUGCUCGCGGUGACGGGCGUUUGCCCUCGGACUCUGGUUGUGGUGAACUCUGCCGUGGAGGUCAGCAGAGGGCGCUCGGUUUUCAUCACGAGGGCGGAGCUUCAGAUCAGCGUGGACCCGAGCGCCGACUGUAAGGUGGAGGUGGUGAUGAACGAGCCCGUGACUCAGAGGGUCGGGAGGCUGAGCCCACAGGUGUUUGACUGCAGCUUCCUGGAGGACGAGGUGAAGUAUGUCCACGACGGCAGCCCUCUACUGGACGAGGACCUGGUGAUGCUCAGAGUCUACAGGUUCACGUCCUCGGACACGCAGGUGGAGACGGUGAUCCUGAGGGUCCGGGUGGUGGACUCGGGUGCGGGCGUGGUGGCACUCGGCAGCGCUCCGCUGGUCGUUCCCCAGUUCUACGGUUUAUCCAACGCCAUCAACGGCUCGGUGCUGAAUAUCAGGGCCGCGCCUGACCUUGUCUGCACCGUCAGGCUGUUGACCACAGACACCAGCGUCCCCGCUGCGGGUCGGCUGGUGAGGGAGGAAGACUCCACGCAGAGGAAGGGUCGACAGGCGACGUUCUGCCCGGGAAACAGUCCGUGUCUUCACGACACCACCGAGGUCCGCUUCCUCAAAACCAGCUGCCAUGAAUUCCUGAGCUCUGGCCUCAAGUACCAGCACCUCAGCCCGCCGUCCCCGGAGAUCGACUACGUCCCCGUCAGGGUGGAGCUGAGAGAGCAGGCGAGCAGAGCACUGCUGGAGUCACAGGCCGUGUGGCUGCCGGUUUUGAUCCACGGGGCCAUGCAGAACCAGCCCCCGCAGGCUACCUUCAUGGCCUCUUUCAUCCUGGAGGUGGACCAGUUCAUCCUCACCCCGCUCACCACUGCCACGCUGGACGCCAAGGACCACGAGACUCCGCAGGAGAAGCUGGUCUUCAACGUGACCGUCCCACCCGCCGAGGGCUACAUCACACACCUGGACGACCACACCAAGCCCAUCCGGUCCUUCACAUGGCUGGACCUUCACGAGAUGAAAGUGGCCUACCAGCCAUCCAACAGCAGCCGGGGGCGCCGCAGGAACUAUGAGGUGGAGUUUCAGGUGAUAGACGGCUCCUAUCUGACCAGCCCACCCAUCGUGGUCCACGUCUCCAUCAGGACAUCGGAAACGAAUGCUCCGAGAGUCUCCUGGAACGUGGGUCUAGACCUGUUGGAGGGUCAGUCCCGACCAAUCACCUGGGAGCAGCUGCAGAUAGUCGACAGCGACAACAUUGAUGCCGUUUACCUGGUGGCCGUGGACGGACCCGUGCACGGGCGGCUCAGUGUCAGAGGCGGGAAGGCGUUUAUGUUCCGCGUGCGGGACCUGAAGGAGGGCACAGUCGUCUACCACCACUCCGACAGCGACUCCACCCGCGACCACGUCGUCUUCCGCAUCAGCGACGGUCGUCACAGCGUCCGCCACAAGUUCCCCAUCAACAUCCUCCCGAAGGAUGACUCUCCGCCCUUCCUCAUCAACAACAUGGCGGUGGAGGUGCAGGAGGGUGGGGCCGUGCGGCUCGAGGAAUUCAUGCUGCUGGCCUCCGACCUCGACUCCAGCGACGACUACAUCCUUUAUCUGAUAGUCUCCGUCCCCCGGGCCGGGCACCUGGUCAGGAGGGCAUCCGCCCAUGAGACCGGGUCACCGGUGGCCAGCUUCCUGCAGAGGGACCUGAUCCAGGGUCAGAUCUUCUACCAGCACUUGGGAGAUGAGCAGUUUGAGGACGCCUUCGACUUCACACUGUCUGACAGCCACCAGCCGCCCAACCUGUCGCAGACAUACACGGUGGUGGUGCACGUGUUCCCGGUGGAGGACCAGGUGCCAGUCGAAUUUCCCGGCAGCGUCCGCUCGCUGACAGUGAAGGAGACGGAGGUGGUUUACAUCACCCAGGCUCACCUUCACUUCACAGACCGAGAGCACCCAGAUGCUGACCUCACCUAUGUCAUUACACAGCCCUGCUUCAGCCCGCUACAUCCUGGCCUGAUGGAUGCAGGACGUCUGUUCUACACCGACAGCACCAACGCCAUGAAGAAGGACCACACAGCGCCCGUGCUGAAGUCCUUCACUCAGCAUGCUGUGAACCACAUGAAGGUGGCCUUCAUGCCGCCGGUCGAGGACAUUGGGCCCGAGUCGCUCUUCGUCCAGUUCAUCUUCUCAGUCAGCGAUCACCACGGCGACACCGUCUCCGGCCUCAUCUUCAACAUCACGGUUACCCCUGUCGAUGACCAGGCGCCAGAGGCUUUCACCAACCUGCUGCGGGUGGAGGAGGGCGGCGCGGCCUUCGUGACGGAGGAGCACCUCCUGGUCCGGGACCGGGACAGUCGAGAGGAGGCGCUGAGGGUGGAGAUUCGGAGCAUGGCUCGUCACGGCCGGCUGGAGCUGCGGGGCCGAGCGCUGCAGCAGGGAGGCGGGUUUACCCUGCAGGAACUGAGAGGGCUAGGCGUCAGGUACAUCCACGAUGACUCUGAGACCACUGAGGAUGUCGUUGGUCUCAAGGUGUCGGACGGUCUGAACUCGGUGGACGUCGUCCUGCACGUUCAGGUGCUGCCGAUGAACGACGAGCCUCCUCAGCUGGGCGCCCGUCUGCAAGGGGGGCUGAGCUGCGAGGAAGGGGGGCGUGUCCAGGUGACAGUGGACUACCUGUCGGCCACCGACCGGGACAGCGACGACUCUGCGCUGACCUACAUGCUUGCCCGGAGACCGAGCAGGGGAGAGCUGCAGCGAGCCGGCGUGACUGUGGACAAGUUCUCCCAGCAGGACGUCCUGCAGGGUCACAUCUACUAUGCCCACACAGGCGGGGAGAUCGGACCUGAGCCGGUGUUCGACACGGUCACUCUCAUCAUCUCCGACAGUGAGGCCAGAGGGCCGGACAGCUGCUGCCACAGGGAAGCCCCGCCCCCUCCUGUUCCUCUCCAUGGUACACUUCCUGUUUAUGAUCUGAACAUCACAGUUCUUCCUGUCAACGAUAAAGUCCCUGCCGUCACUCUGGGCGAGUCCAUGCUGGUGGUGGAUGAAGGCUCUUCUAUCUGUCUGUGCGGGGGGGUCCUCGGAGCGUCAGACCCAGACAGUCCCCCUGAGCAGCUUGUCUUUCACCUGGAGACUCCUCCCCUUCACGGCUUCCUGGAGAACACGCAGCCGAUGCCCGGCUCCGAGAAGAGCAACGCGGGAGUGCGAGUCGAAUCCUUCACUCUCACACACCUGACCUCUGGCUUCAUCAACUACGUGCAAUCGGAGCACAAAGGGGUGGAGCCAACUGUCGACCAGCUGUCCAUCAGUGUGAGCGACGGGCUGCAUCGCUCCGCCCCCGUCUCCUUCUACAUCAUUAUCAAACCAACCAAUGACGAAACACCAUCGCUGCUGCUCGCCAACUUCACCGUAAAAGAGGGCGGGAUGAGGGAGCUAAUUCCAUCCAUACUGGAUGGUUUUGACUUGGACGCCCCACCUGAGCUGCUCACCUUCACCGUGGUGCAGCCGCCGGCUCACGGCAGCCUGAUUAACAGCAUCCACGGCACGGAGGCGGGAGCUGACCUCCUGCACAGGAGCCUCUCUGUCACCUCUUUCACUCUUCAGGAGCUCCGACAAGGCAUGAGGAUCGUCUACAUGCACGAUGACACAGAAACCCUGAAGGACGCCGUGGUUCUGCGGCUGACAGAUGGUGUCCAUGCAGUCGAGGGAACAGUUCAGGUCACCGUGCUGCUGGUCAACGACGAGAAACCACGACUGCUCAAGAAUGCUGGACUGCAGGUGGACUCAGGUGAGCUCAGGGUGAUCUCCAGUGUGGUUCUGGAGGCUGAGGACCUGGACACGCCCCCAGAACAGGUGUACUACUUCCUUAAUGUUGCUCCGCGGUUUGGAAAACUGCAGCUGAAGACGACGUCGGGGUGGAACGAGCUGACGGCGGGUCAGAACUUCACACAGGGCGACGUGGAGAUGAACCGACUGUGGUACCAACACACCGCCGCCACCAACGCAGCCGGCUUUAAAGGUCACGACAGCUUCCGCUUCACCCUCAGCGACCUGGACAACGAGUCUCCGGCUCAGAGCUUCUUCAUCUCUGUGCACGUGAUGCAGAAAGGGGACGUCGUGGUGCUGAGCAGGCCGGUGCACCUGAGGGAGGGGCAGCGUGUCGUCCUGAACACUGACAUCCUGCUGGCAUCAGACUCGACUGGCCGGCCCGAGGAGCUGGUCUACACGGUGUCUGACCCGCCGCGUCACGGCCUCGUCCACGCCGUCCACCGGCCUGGAGUCCCGCUACUCAGCUUCACCCAGCUGGACGUGGCCGCGCACCGAGUCUGCUACACCCACGACAACAGCCAUGAUGCCGAGGCUGACUCCUUCAGUUUUGUUGUUACAAACGGUGACUCGUCUCGCAGCUCCACCCUCCACUUCACCAUCGAGCAUGGUGACCGCAUCCCGCCCACCCUCAGCCGCAACGUUGGCCUCCGGCUGCAGGAUGGCUCCACAGUGACCAUUACUUCGGACCAGCUGCAGCUCACCGACCCCGACACUACCACCGCCAACCUGGGAUACGUCAUCACGCAGCUGCCGCAGCACGGGAAGCUGCUGCUGAGAGGCACGCCACUACCCUCGCCGCCCCGGUUCUCCCAGACGGACGUGGACGACCUCCACCUGACUUACCAACACGACCCGAGCAGCCCUGCGAAGAUCGACGGGUUCUACUUUAUGCCGAGCGACGGACACAACAGGGGCUACCUGGAGUUUGGGCAGCUGAGGGAGGAGCCUGCUGUGUUUGACAUACAGGUGGAUUGGGUCGACCGGACGCCUCCCACUCUGACCACCAGGGGGAGUCCCAGCACCGUGGUGGAUCUGGGCGGCGGCCGUUACGGAAUCUUCAUCACCAGCAGAGAGCUGCAGGCCUCAGACCCUGACAGCCCCACAGAGGAGCUCGAGUUCUCCAUCAGCAGACCUCCACUCUUAGGAUACCUGGAGAACGCCGCCACAGGGUCGUACAUCAAAGGUCGUUUCACGCAGCGUGACGUGGAUCGGCGAGCUGUGAUGUUCGUCCUCCCCGCUGACGUGGAAGUGACGUCUGACAGCUUCCUGUUUGUCCUCAGAGAUCCGGCAGGAAACAGCGCGUUGCCUCAGACGCUGGAGCUGUCCUGGUCUCGAGUGGAGCUGUCGGCGACCUGCUACAGAACCUGUGAGACGGCCGGGAUACUUCAGAUCCGCGUGCAGCGCAGCGGGAGGAGCGCUGACCCUGCCUACGUCGCCAUCCAGGUGGACGAAGGAUCAGCCAAAGCUGGCAGAGAUUUCACUCACAGCACUGCGAGUCUCAUCCAGUUCGAUCCAGGUGUGAAGGUGAAAACCUGGAACAUUUACUUGAUUGACGACGGCCUGGAAGAAAACCACGAGAGCUUCACGGUCACGCUGAGAAACCCCCAGAACGCCGUUCUGGGACCAAGGAGCUCGGCCACCGUGGAGAUCAUCGACCCCCGCCGAGGAAGCUGUGACCCAGACGACCUGUGGGUAGAAGAUGAUCAGCGCCCCCUUACUCCUACUCCUCCCCCUCUCCCUCCUCAGCUCCCUGAUCCUCUGCAGCAAGAGGAGGAAGAGGAGGUUCCGGUCAUCAAUAUAGAGGCGGAGCUGCUGUGGGAGAACCAGCUUCACCCGCCCCGAGGAGACGUCCCGAAUCGACAUCACCUGGACUACAAAGAGGUGGAGCCACGAGACCCAGAGCCCCACAGCAAUGGCUACACCCCCCACAGCAGCCACCUAAACAUUCAGCAGCACACUGGAAGCAGUACUGGGAACACUGGGAGCACGGUCCGUCUGUCUGCACAGAGGAGGCCUGAGGACGAGCAGGAGAAGGUUUGGACGUUCCACAGUCUGACUCCUCUCCGGCUGGAGGAACUGCAACCGGGCGAUGUCGAGUGGAGCUGGUCAGCUCACGGUCGCCCCCUGCAGGAACUCCAAGUUGGAGAUUCUCCUCAGAUGGCUCAUCAAGCUCAGAAACACCAACCCGAGCUCCGCCAGCACAAGGUGGGGAAGUCUGUGAGCAGCUCAUGUCCUGAUGGCUGGACGCACCACAGGAGACGAUGUUACAUCCUCAGCCCGUCCGUGGCGAGCUGGGCCAGCGCCGACAGAACCUGCUCGCUGCUGUUUAACAGCAGCCUGACCGACGUGCACUCCAGGAGAGACGUGAGCUGGCUGUGGAGGUUUGCAGGGAAGAAGCCAUUUUGGAUCGGUCUGUCUGGAGGUCCAGGACGCUCAUCGUGGGUUGACAGUCGCUCGCUGUCUUCCUCCAGACUGAAGGGGGCGCCGGUGAGCCCCGGUGAGCCCGAGAACGACUCCAACUGUGUGCUGGUUCAAAACCCGAGAAGCUGGAUCUCCACGAGCUGCUCUGCAGAAACUCAGCACUCAUUCAUCUGUUCAUCGCCAGCUCAAACUCACUGAGACAUUCAUAGCCAGUGGCCUUCAUAUUUAACGUGAUGAGGUGAUGCUGCUCUGUACAUUAGUUUCAUACUUUGUCUUAAUAAAGCUGCUGCACAAACACAAAUAUGAGUCAGCAGUUUGGUGACUUCUUUCCUCACAUUUUCAGAUAGGUUUGUAUUACAGUAUAAACGGUGUCAUUGAUUGGAAUCAAUGUUUAAAGAGAGUUAGCCAGUUUGAACAGAUGAGUUUUGACUUGAAUGAGAAGAGAGAGCCAGUAUUCCUGAUAUCAGGAGGAAGGGAAUUCCAGUGCCGCGGUGCAGAGCGGCUAGAAGGAAGAAAUAUACAGCUGAGUGUCAUCAGCAUGACAGUGAAACUUAAUAUUAAAUUUCUGAGUAUGUAACCAAGUGGAAGCAUGUAAAAAAUUAAUAGAAAAGGCUCUAAUACUGAACCCUGUGGCACACCAGCAGAAACAGAAAAUGAACCUAAAAAGUGAAAUUUAAGUUGAAUGAAAUGAGUGCAAUCUGAGAGAUAUGAGGUGAACCAGGCUAGGAGGAUAUGACUAAUGCCAAAGUCUUUUCAGAAGGAUAGUGUGGUAAAUCAAAGGCUGCAAUCAGAGAAGGGUGAGGAUGAUGAGGACACUGGAGUCACCUGCCAUCAGGAGGUUAUUGGUCGUUUUUAAUAUUUUCUGUGCUGUGAAGUGGGCUGCCCUUUGUCUCCGGU